AUGACCGUCGAAAAAACAGACGACAUGAGAUUACUACUUAGGACCGUCUUUUAUGCCGCCAUCGAAGGCACCCGACAGGCAAUCACCACCACCUCUAUACUAGGCGGUGCCACGAAUGCUAUGGUGGAUCGCUCUAGCUUCAAUAUUUGUAGAGAACUUCUUGAGUUUUCAAUAGAUGAUAUGGAGAAAGCCAUUAACAGGUUAGAUCAUGUCGUGUCAAAAGAUAACAAGGAUCAACUACACUCAGAUAUCAUGACUAGACUUUCCGGAUCCAUAACAUUCCAACAAACAUGCAUCGACGAGAUCAAAAACAUGUCCCUCGAAUAUACCAUGGUGCAAAGUCUUAAACUAUCGAGAGAACUUUCCAGUAACGCCCUCGCUAUCGUAGCAAACACAGCAUUCAAAGAAGACGAAUCGGUUAUGUUCCCAUCGUGGGUUAUUCAUGAAAUCAAUAAAAAGAAAGCCACCACACUUUUCACAGUGUCCAAAGAUGGUUUGGGAAUGUUUAACACAAUUAACGAAGCAUUAAGUGAAAUUAAACAUAGUUAUCACAAUCACAUUAAAAACAUAUUUAUAAUAUAUGUGAAAGCCGGCGUUUACGAAGAAUAUAUCAACAUUAAAAAGAACAUGAAGAAUGUCGUCUUGAUUGGAGAUGGCCCCACGAAAACAACAAUCACCGGAAACAGAUGUGUUCAAGAUGGAUUUAAAACAUUCAAGACUGCAACCGUUAUUGUGGAUGGAGACAAUUUCGUGGCUAAAAACAUAGCAAUUGAAAACACCGCCGGUCCUGGGUCUCAGGCGGUGGCUCUAAGAAUCUCUGGCGACAAAUCCGUCAUUUACAAUAGCCAUAUCGACGGUUAUCAAGACACCCUUUACGCUCACGCCCACAGACAAUUCUACCGCGACUGCACCAUCUCCAGCACGGUGGACUUUAUAUUCGGCGACGCCGCCGCCGUGUUUCAGAACUGCAAGAUCGUCGUGAAAAGGCCAGGACCGAAUCAAGGGACAUGCACGGUCACCGCCCAAGGUAGAUCGGACAAGAGAAGUUCAACCGGAUUUGUGUUCCAGAAUUGUACUAUCACCGCCGAUAAAAGCUAUACUGACACGAAAAUUAGAUUGAAGUCUUUCCUAGGCCGGCCGUGGAGGAAAUACUCGAGGACUAUGAUUAUGGAGUCUGAAAUAAAUGAUUUAAUUGAUCCAAGGGGGUGGUUGCCGUGGGAUGGGGAGGAGAAUUUAAAGACGCUUUGGUAUGGCGAGUUUUUGAAUAGAGGUCCUGGCGCUGAUCUAAGUCAGAGAGUCGAUUGGAUUGGAUUUCAUAAGGAUAUUAACGAACGAGUGGCGGCUGGAUUCGUUCCACGACGGUUUAUUGACGGCGAUCAUUGGAUACCGGAGAGUUCCAUACCAUAUUUUCCAAAUUUCACCAUCCCUAACUAUUUUAAUUAA